AUGAAGACCCUAAAUAUUAGUCACCACCCUGACCAUGGCCGAGGGGCAGGCUAUGGGCAUCAGUCUGCAAUAGCAGACACGGGGCCAGAGAACCCCACAGAUUACAGCCGCCCCUUUACCUGGGUCCUUUAUCCAGGGGCACCCCCAUUACCCAAACCCACCGCCCCGGGGCACCCCCAUUACCCACACCCACCGCCCCCGGGCACCCCCAUUACCCACACCCACCGCCCCGGGGCACCCCCAUUACCCACACCCACCGCCCCGGGCACCCCCAUUACCCAAACCCACCGCCCCGGGGCACCCCCAUUACCCACACCCACCGCCCCCGGGCACCCCCAUUACCCACACCCACCGCCCCGGGCACCCCCAUUACCCAAACCCACCGCCCCGGGGCACCCCCAUUACCCACACCCACCGCCCCCGGGCACCCCCAUUACCCACACCCACCGCCCCGGGCACCCCCAUUACCCAAACCCACCGCCCCGGGGCACCCCCAUUACCCAAACCCACCGCCCCGGGGCACCCCCAUUACCCACACCCACCGCCCCCGGGCACCCCCAUUACCCACACCCACCGCCCCCGGGCACCCCCAUUACCCAAACCCACCGCCCCCCGGGCACCCCCAUUACCCAAACCCACCGCCCCCCGGGCACCCCCAUUGCCCACACCCACCGCCCCCCGGGCACCCCCAUUGCCCACACCCACCGCCCCGGGCACCCCCAUUGCCCCCGGGGGGGGGUCCUCAUUGCCUAA